GAUUUCUUGCGGAUGUGGCCAUGGAUGUUACAACUCCACGUGGCGCAUCUUUGGUGCUGGGCGCAGUGCUGGUCUUUCUAUUGACCUGGGUGGCACUGCACCACUUCACGCAGAGGGAGGUGGGAUGGUUCGCCUUCCUUGGAUCCCUCACCGGCUUCUCGCUGUCCUUUCUCAUCAUUCUGCUGGUGCCAUAUGAUAUCUCCCAGACGCUUUCAGGCGGUGACAAGGUGUUGAUGCCAUUCAGUUGGGACAUGAUGUAUUGGGCAAGUUUCCUGCUUUGUUGGGUGACCUACCCACUACUGAGCGAGUAUGAGGCUGCCUCCGGCUUCACGGUGGCAGGGCGCUUGAUGUCCCUUCGGAGCACGUGGUGUGGUCUCUAUGUGGCCGGUACCGUCUUGCUGCUCUUGUGCCUGGUCGUAGGUGGCUUCUCAGUCUUGGCGCCGUGGUGUCUGGCCAUGGCGAAUGCCUGGGCCUUGUUGGUGUCCUCAUUGCUGAUGGCCUAUGGCCUGGUGGCCGUGCCGCGCCAGUUUUGGCGGCAAGCCUCUCCGAGUUUCGAGCUGAAACGGCUCUACUGCAGUGCUGUCGCCUUGGAUGAAGCUCGCCUGGGGACGCAGUAUGAACUGCAGGAUACGAUCGCAGAGGCUCGCCUUGAGACUGCGCAAAGAAGCGCUCAGUUCUGGGAUCCCUCCUUGGAGCGUGCCUUUGCGUUGCUUCAGCUCACCAUGGAGGAAUGCGAGCUUUUACAUCUUGAGCUCACCAACGGCGUGCCGGGCCGACCUCAUCAACCUGCUUGCGGAAGCACUCCAAGGCGACUUGAGCAAGCCGAGGACGUCGCACCUCGGGUUGACUACUUGGCACAGCUGCAUGGAGCUCUGAGACAGGCUUCCAUUGAAGCGCGUCGUACUGCCUGUCGCUGGGAGGAGCUCAUCAACCGAUGCCUUCUGCUGGAGGAUAUCGAGGUGAGAAUCUUCUUCCCUCGAUUCUGGAAACAUCGACUCUUUGGACCUGGGGCCCUUUACGAUGGCACGGGAGCCCGAGAGAGCCUGGGAGGGCCGGGAGGGCCCGGUGCCCCGCAGUUUCCGUGUGAACUGAGGCUUUGCCAGUUGCCGGUGCUGCGCACUGCCUGGCACAAGUUGGUGGUGUUGUGGCUGUCCAUCUUGAGGCGCUGGAAGCUACCGCGUCAGCGGCAGGACGGCCCAUCGAAUGAAUGUCCCAUGUGCCGUCGACAGAUGUUGAAAGACUGCAGGACUGAGGGCUCAUUGUUCAUCCAGAGGAAUACAAAGUGCCUUGACAGCGGAGUCGGAGAAAAAGGGCUGGAGAAGGGUUUUGAAUGUCUAGACUUGGAGAAAGUCUCUACAUCGCAGGUGGAUGAGUGCUCCGGUCUUGCAGCGAGCAAACUGAACGACGACCUCUAUUGGGUGAACAACGACUCUGGUGCAGGUCCCGUUUUGUAUGGUAUUCGAAAGAACGGCCAGCACGUAGCACGUCUGCGUGUGUCGGGUGCUGGAGCCAAUGAUUGGGAAGAUAUUGCAAUCGGCCCAGGACCCACAAAGGGCAAAUCUUACAUCUACGUGGCCGACGUGGGUGACAAUUAUCGCAAGCGGGGCACUGUGCAAAUCUACCGUAUGGAAGAGCCAAAGGUGGAGAGGGGGAGAAACCGCAACGAUGACAUCAGGGUCAGCGCUGUGCGUUUUGAUGUCACCUAUCCCAACAACAUGAAGUACGACUGCGAGUCCAUCUUCAUUGACAAGGGCAAGGGUGCCAGGAAAGCAGGGACCGAAGGACGAGUGUACCUCAUCACCAAGGGCGACAACAGGGCCAGUGACCCCCAGUGGCGUGGUGGAGAUGUCUUCUACGUCGAUUUGCCCAGAGAAUCUGCUUCGCUUAGCUGGCAGGCAACCAGUACACGACUCAAUUUGGUCCUGGCAACGGGUGCGGACAUCACCCCGCGUGGCAACCUCAUUGCUGUAAGGACCUACGGCGAGAUUCAAAUCUGGCCACGACCAUGUGAGUGGAGUGUGGAGGAAGCCCUGAGUAAGCAACCUUGUGGAGUAGCCAGCAAGAACGAGCAGCAGGGUGAAGCCAUUGCAUUUGGCAAGGACGGCGACCACUACAUCACAGUGAGUGAAGGUAAAUAUCCCAAAGUGUGGUACUUUGGCAUGACCCAACGUUUCCAGAAAGAUAUGAUGGACAAAGCAAAGGCAGAGGCGAAAGCCAUGGAGGCUCAGAAAGAGACAGCUAUGGACAGCUGUAAUCAAAUCACUCAGACAGUGGAUGCCUCACCAGCAGAGUUUGAUGCGACAGCAUUGGCGGCACAGCAUCAGCCGCUGAAGAUUGGGAACAAAGAUGGCCCUGCAAGUCCGACCCGAGCCGAGUCACGCGUGUUGAGACUCGUUGCCCUGGCCACUGGUGCACUCAGUGUCCUGAUCCUGAGCCGCCAGAUCAUGCUCUUCUUUGAUAUGAACGGGCCGUGGGCCUUUGGAUCAUUGACCCAGGGGACCCAGGCGGUCUAUGUGCUGACACUGGGCUACUUGGUGGGCACCACCUAUUGGAGUUCCUUCCGAUGGCGUGCGGCCGGUUGGUAUGGUCUUUAUAGUAACCGCAACACGGACACUGGCAGUCUACUGUGGUGUGCGACAUUGCUCUCGCGACUGGUGACACCCUUGUCCUACCACUUCCUGCUUCUGAUCCAAGCCAAAGGGACCAGCUUUCAGGCAGCUUUGGAUGAGAUGGAUGUGGUUCCGACCUUGUUGCCAUCCAACAAGAUCUUUAUUCUGAUCCUUCUGUGCCUAGUCCUUUGCCACUUUCUGAACGUGUACUCCAAGAUUCUUCAGAUGUUCAGCCUUGACAAUCUCGAUUUCGAUAUUGCUGAGUCUGCACCGAGCAAUGAGACGCUUUCAGAAGGCCGGCGCCUGGUAGAGCUAGCACGGCGGCGAAGGUCGGAGGACCGGACUUUACAACUUGAGCUGAACGAUAGGUACGAUGACUCAAGGGCGAUCCCAUUGCGCAUGCAGAUUGCCCGGUUGAUCGAAGAAGGCACUUUGCCUCAGGACUGGAAUGCGAGCAGUCCAAACUGAAGUCUUCUCAGGGACGGUGGCAUGUGAUGAUUCGAAUGUGCACGGUAGCAUGCUGGAAACCAGAAAGAUGGGUGGCACUUCAGCAUUGAGCUUAUGCCCUUCUG